AUUAGCAUGGAAGAGGUGAAGCUCUUUGGAACUUUUCCUAGCGCUUUUAGUUACAGAGUAAUAUGGGCUCUGAAACUAAAGGGUGUGCCAUAUGAAUACAUAGAAGAGGAUCUAUCCAACAAGAGUCCUUUGCUCUUACAGUAUAACCCAGUCCACAAGAAGAUCCCAGUUCUUGUUCACCGCGGAAAACCGAUUGCAGAGUCCAUGGUCAUCGUCGAAUACAUUGAAGAGACCUGGCCAGAUCAUCCAUUGCUGCCAAAAGAUCCUUACGACAGAGCCAUGGCUCGGUUUUGGACUAAAUUUGGAGAAGAUAAGGGGCCCAUAUUCCAUGCAUUCUUUCGGACUGUUGGGGAAGAACAGGAGAAAGCUGUCAAAGAAGCUGUGGAAGUGUUGAGAACCAUUGAAGAGCAUGGCCUUGGAGAGAAGAAGUUCUUUGGUGGAGAUACCAUUGGAUUGCCAGAUAUAGGAUUUGGAUGGAUUGCCCAUUGGCUGGAAGUGCUGGAAGAGGCUGCAGGAGUAAAGUUGGUGGAAGCCCAUGCCUUCCCUCGCCUGUGUUCAUGGAUGGAAAAUUUUAAGCAAGUCCCUGCAAUCAAAGACAACCUUCCUGAUCGCGACAAAAUGCUCGCAUAUUUCAGACGUAGAAGGGAGAUGUUUGUUGAAUCCAUCUCAUACAAUCACUAGUCUCUCUGUUGUUAUUAUUGUUGUUGUUGUUUUGUAUGUGUAUGUGAAUCCAUGACUGGAUGGUCUUGAGAUAGAAUGAAUGCUUGAAUCCAUGAAUUAAUAAUAAGCAAAAUCUGGCAUCAAUGAU